AUGUCAUUCACUAACAAUGCUCGGAGUUCAUCGGCCAUUACUUCAUUCCAUUUGGGAUCCGUGUUGGCUUGCAAGUAUGAUGAUAGGGCGAUGACCAUGGGAUGCUUAGGGGCUACAACUUACGAUGGAUUGAAUUUGGUAAGAUGGUGGUUAGAAGAUGCAAAGGAAGUGGAUAUGGAUGGAGGUAUGGGUGGUGGGCUAGAAGAUGGAGGUACGACCGGUAAGUUGGUGAAUCGAGAUCUACCACAUUUAGUAGGUGUGGCUUUAGAGUGGGUUGUUAAUGAUGGUACUCUAACAUUUAUGGAAGUAGAUAAUGGGAUAUUUAAAGAAGAUGAUGACUGA